AUGUGACAGGCACGUGAUUGUAACCGCGGGAAAUAACCUGGCGUGGUAAACAUUAGUGUGAUUGCUCAAACGAGAUAUUGGCCAAAAUGUCAAGCUACGAGAAGUUACGACAGAAGAAUUUGGAGGAUAAUCGGCGUAUUUUGGCAGAAUUAGGUCUUGUGAAUCCGUUCAAGCCACUUGGGCGUGUUGUCAAGAAAGGCAUCAAGCGAAAAGCUCCCAUUGAUAUCAAGCCAAGAAAGAAGAUUGUGAUUGAAGAGGACCUGUCGAACUGUGGCUCUAUACGUGGACUGAGGAGAAAGUCAGCUCGGAUCCAGGGCAAGCCGGUGGGCUCAGAGGAAGAAUGGAGAAGUGUAGAGGAAGAGGAAGAUGAUUACAAGCCCAAGAGAGUCUCACCGAACAGACCCAAAUUUUAUGGACCUGUGCCAGGUGUGGAAAUUGGUACAGUCUGGAACUACAGGAUUGACUGCAGUAGAGAUGGCAUCCACAGACCAACUGUUGCUGGCAUCCACCGAGGGGAAGAAGGGGCGUAUUCUGUAGCACUGUCUGGGGGAUAUGACGACAAUAUUGACCUAGGUGAAUGUUUCACCUACACAGGAGAAGGUGGCCGAGAUCUAAAAGGAACAGCGUCAAAUCCAAAGAACCUGCGAACAGCUCCCCAGUCAAAAGACCAGACCCUGACCAAUGGUAACCUGGCGUUGUCCAGGAAUUGUGAGAACGGAAAUCCAGUCAGGGUUAUAAGAGGCUAUAAACUGGACAGUCCGUUUGCUCCUGAAGAAGGCUACAGAUAUGAUGGAAUCUACACUGUGGAGAAGUUCUGGAACACGACAGGCCUGUCUGGGUUCGGAGUGUGGAAAUUUGCCCUUCGUCGCUGCAAGGAUCAGGCUCCUCCACCAUGGGAAUUGAUUCAGAAAGAUGACUCUCCAAAGAAAACCAAAAUGGUCAGUGAAGAUGAAGAAAGUGCUAAGGGAGAUAACUCGAGCAAAAACUCGCCAAACCAUAAAAUAGAUGAUGACACUGAACAGAAUGAAUCUUCUGAAACAGAAGCAACAGAAGAGAAUGAAGUCACUGAAUCUUCUGCAUCCAAAGAAGAGGCAGUAAAAUCAGCUCAAGAGGACACUGCUCAAGAAACAGAAAAAUCUUUGCAAGAGAAAGAACAAGAAACAACAAAGAUGGAAUCUUCACCAAAAGAAUCAACCAAAGAAAAGGAAGACACCUUAAAAUCUCAGAAUAUCGAGACAAAAAUAUCCCAGGAUGAAAAUAACAACCUUGGAAAUGCUGACAGGGACACUGUGAAGAAGCUUGUCCGAGAGAUGAGUGAUUCUGGCGUUGAAUCUGAUGCCAGUGGCAUCGAGUCAUCUCAGUCAUCAUCUGCAAGUGUGUAGUCAAGGUGUUUCUCCAACACCUUCUUGUUCAAAGUUCUGUUUGAAUGCUUCAACAUUUUCAAGGAUUGGUUUUGUUGGUGCCAGUUUUGUGCUGCUUUUGUCAGAGUUCAUGUAAUGCCUUAUCAUUGGGCUUUCUGAGUGUGCUGUUUGCUGCUUUUUGCUGAUCUUUAAAGGUUAUAUUUCAUGAAAGAGGAAAAUGAAAUAACGGUUGGGAUCUCUUUGAUUAAGAAAAUUGACAAUAAAAUGUUGCUUUUAGACUUUAGAAUAAUGGUAUUUUUAAGACCCAAUCAGGCCAGGAUUUUUUUAUAUUUUUACCUACCAAAAUAAUAAGAAAUCCCAUGAAAUACAUUUUUGAUUUGUGUACUUACCCAAACUAUUUUUUCUUGUUAAAAUUCAUAAGCAUGAAAAGAAGACUGGCCUUGUGAAUGUCAUCCAAGAAUCUGUUUUCAUGGUAAAAGUCCUGUUACUGAGCUGUGGCAGAAACUAAAUGGGAUCCUUUGCGUUUUGCUGAGUUCAUAAUAGCAAAUUUUUUGGCUUUUUAGAAAUUAGAACAGGUUUAUUGAAUGUGUUCUUUCGAUCAUUGUAUCUGAUGCCAACAGCUAGGAAUAGUCAUAAUAUUCAGUAGAGUUCAAAUUUAGGGGUUAUAAGAUAACAGAAGUUUGCCUCUGUAAUACUUGUAUAAGGUCCCUGAAUCCCUGUCCUUUAUUAUAAGCAUGAUGGAAGAGACUGUCAUAUGGCAAACAUAGUUUCAGGCUUGAGAGGUUAUUUUGUAUUUAGCCUAUACAUACACUUAUGAGUUCUGCAACCAAGGGCACGAUGUAAGGAACAUGAUUGAACUUGUACCAGGGUGCGUGUUGACAUUGGAACCAAGUUGCACCUCAUCCUAUAAUUGUGUCUGGGAUGAAAUCUAGGACGGUCUGCCGCCAGUGGUCAUUACUUGAGGAUUGCUAUGUAAAAUGUAAAAGGAGUUUAUGAAUGUAAUCUUAAAGUACCUAUAUAAUCCCACAAAAGCAUGGCAAAUUAUGAAAACACAGAUUAGUGUGUGAUGGAUGUAGUGUAUACUGUAAAUCAUGAAAUUAAUGCGAGCAUUUUAUUAAUGUGAAAAAUGCGUCUGUACUCUUCUCGCAUUAUUAUAAUGACGCAUUUCAUUCUGAUCUUGUCUACUUUU